AUGAUAACAUCUAUAGACGUUAUACACGAAUUAUUAACUACCAUAUAUUAUAAUAUUUUUUCUAGAAAUAAAAGUAAUAUAAAUAAAUUUGAUAUAUUAUUAUACUUAGAUGAUUAUUAUUAUUUUGAUAUAUUAAAAAAGGUAAGUGAGGAUAUAAAAGAUUUAGAUAAUAGUUCUAUAAUAAUAGAAAAAGGAGAUUUCAAUAUUAUUUUUAAUAACUUUUGUACAAGUAGGAAUUAUAUUAUAAAAGAUAAGAAUUAUUCUAAUGAUAAUGAAAAGAGAAUAGAUUUUCUUCAUGAAAUUCUUUCUGAUUUACUAUGCUUAUUAUAUAAAAAUAAAAUCACUAAAAAAAAAAGAGUUAUAUCAAAAAUAUAUAAUUCAGAGAAAAAUGAAAAAUGGAAAAUUUUAGAAAAUCAUUUAAUAAGUAUUGCAAAAUUGAAUAACAAGAAUAUUUUAAAAGUUAGCGAAAAUAAUAUUGAAGAUAUUUUAGAUAUAAAUAAUGAAAGUUUUAAAAAUGAAAAUAUAAUAAUUCAAAAAAAAGUAAAUAAAGAUAUAGAAAAAAUAUUAAAUACAUUAAUAAAUAAAUAUAAUGCCGAAUAUAAAUUAAGAUUUUAUUAUAUGUUUUUAAAUUAUAAUCUCACUAUUCAAACUAUGUUAAUGUCUCAUUUAAUUAAUUUGUAUUCAAAAGAAGUGAAAGACAUAAUUAAAAAUAUUAUAAAUAUUAAAAAUGAAAGAUAUGAACCAAUAAAUAUAUAUGAUGUUUUAUCAUUUCAAUUUGAUCAAAUAAAAUUUAAUAAGAGUUCUCAUGAUAAUUUAAUAACACCAGUAAAAAAAAUUAAAAUAAUGAGAGAUAUUGUUGAAAGAGGAGGAAUUCCUGCUGAAUUUUCAAAAAAAGCUAUUUUGAAAGAUGUAAUAAAUGCAAAUUAUUCUUUAAAGGAAAAAUAUAACAAAAAUAGAAACCAAAACGAAAAUUUUAGUGGAAAGAAAUAUAAAGUACGUAACUAUUAUGAUUCUUCAAGAAGAUAA